UCCGCAGCGACUAGGCAUCUCCUUAUUGUGCAUACAAAUGUCCACCCGUUCCUACGCUUUCUGCGCUGUAACGAGCUGCGACGACAAGGCUCACAUGAUGCGAUGUCAUGGUCUCUCUCUACAGCUCGUCAUCCGUAGUGAAGCGCUGCCGUUGACGUGGUUGCGGAUUGCGGACGUUCCGAUAACAAUCAAGAAUCCGAUGCCUGUACUUGCGGCUUUCGAAACGAGGUUCGUCACCUUGCAUACUAAUUGGUCAAGGAUGUAGCAAGGACGAUCAAAAGCAAGAUCCUUCGCGCUUGUGACGCAACACCCUUCUAUUCUCGCACGGUGCUAGCUACGAUACACUCAGCGCAGUUCUCACUAGCCUCACAAGAGAUCUGGUGAGGCUAGUGCAUGCCAAGGCAUGCGAGACGACUGUGGUUUGGAUGAGCAGUGCUCUUUAGUGUCCUUCGAGCCCUUUGAGGGGCCGGCCGAUGAAUGUCGUGCUCUGAAUAGAAUCCGGUCUCGAGGAUAUAUAAGGGAGGGCAAUCUGGAGAGAAAGAAACCCCAUCAGUCUCCCUCUCAACAGCCCCACUUCACUCAUUUCGCUCACUUUAUCACCCAACCACCACCAACAACACUUUCUAUCAUGCGAUUCGCUACUGCCUUUGCCGUCCUCGCCGCCGUUGCCGCUACUGCCGGCGCUGCCCCCACCGGUCAGCAGGAGUCUGCCAGCCUUUCCUUCUCUGGCCCUCCUCCUUCUGGCACCGGUGCCCCUCCCCCUCCAGCCUCCGGUGCCCCCCAACAGAGGCGAGCUGACAACGCUGCUCCUGCCGGCCAGGAGUCUGCCAGUCUCUCCUUCUCUGGACCUCCUCCUUCUGGAUCUGCCCCAGCCGGUCCUCCUCCUUCUGGUGCUCCCCAGCAGAAGCGACAGGACGCUCCCUCCGGCUCUGCCCCCGCUGGCCCGCCUCCCUCUGGCGCUGCUCCUGCUGGGCCCCCUCCUUCUGGCGCCCCUCAGCAGAAGCGACAGGACGCUCCCUCCGGCUCUGCUCCUGCCGGUCCUCCUCCUUCUGGCUCUGCCCCUGCUGGGCCCCCUCCUUCUGGCGCGCCUCAGCAGAAGCGACAGGACGCUCCCUCCGGCUCUGCCCCCGCUGGCCCGCCUCCUUCUGGAUCUGCCCCCGCUGGGCCUCCUCCCUCUGGUACUCCCCAGCAGAAGCGAGCUGGUGAUGUGAACUCUGCCGCUCCUCCUCCUCCUUCCGGAUCUGGAUCUGCGGCUGGUCCUCCUCCUUCUGGCUCUCCCCAGCAGAAGCGACAGGACGCGCCCUCUGGCUCUGCUCCUGCUGGACCCCCUCCCUCUGGCUCUGCUCCUGCUGGGCCUCCUCCCUCUGGCGCUCCCCAGCAGAAGCGACAGGACGCUCCCUCCGGCUCUGCCCCCGCUGGUCCUCCUCCCUCUGGCUCUGCCCCUGCUGGUCCUCCUCCCUCUGGCGCUCCUCAGCAGAAGCGACAGGACGCUCCUUCCGGCUCUGCUCCCGCUGGCCCCCCUCCUUCCGGUUCUGCCCCUUCCGGCCCUCCUCCCUCUGGCGCCGCGCCUUCCGGUGGCCCCGUCCAGUCUGCUUAAGUGCGGGACAAUCUCGAGCUUCCUGCCUGCUCUCAAAGGUAACUGUUAUGCGAAAGGACAAUUUGAGUAGAAGUAUG